UGGUGAUUGGCGGCGUGACCGCACUCUCAGCUCAAGUAAAUCUCAUUACUUUCUGGAAAAAAACGCCAUCCGCAAGACUCCAGUCAGUUAUGGUAUUUGACUGCGGAGUUUUGGAAACAGCGUGCAUUUGCGCUUAGAUCAUUUUUAAAAAUUCCGCAGAUUUAUAUUGGACUUAGGCAGAGCAAAUUUGCACUGACUUGUCGACUGUAGAUAUGGACAACAGGAAGGCCAACAUCAGACGCGCCACUUCGGCAGGGUACCGCUUACCGGAUCGAUCGACCGUGGGUUUGACUUCGCAUUCCACCGUAUCCGUGCACAGGCAGCCAGCCGGUAGGACGCGCAACACCGGCGGCGGCUCAGGACCGACGCAGGACCCCGAUACAAAAGAUCCCGUCAAACAAGACCAAGUGUGGAGGGAGUUUGUCCACACGGAGUGGACAGGAGUGAAGCAAUGGCAGAAGAACUGGAGUUUCCUUACCAGUUAUGACCAGCUGGGACAUCCCAGGACCGAGAACCCUCUCCCCAGCUAUGUGCCUGUGUUCUCAGACAAGGUCCCCAAUACUUCCAAUCAGGUGUUCGGCAGCCGCAUGUGCACAGACCUCGGCCAGGCACUGAUUCAAAUGGACAACCUGCUGCUACUUAGCACCAGCCACCGAAAGACAAAGGCAGGCCCGGAAAUGCAGCCCUGCUAGAACCGGACCCAACCAGAACUCAUCACAACUCCCAUCCAGCAGCGAUAGGCCUGGCUUUCUAGAAGGUGAUACAGGGUACCUUAACCGUAAGUGUCAGGACAGUUUCACAGGCCCUCCCUUAAAGAGAA